UGUAAAGAGAUGCUUUAAAAGGAGUGGGCACGGCGGGCUCUAGGGUUUGUUUCGUGGCAGAGAGGCGUGUUCAUUCUCAGAGGAAGAAGAUAUACAGCAGCAGCAAUGGCGCCGAAGCAGAGGACUCCCAAGGUAAGCCGUAACCCUGAUCUGAUUAGGGGAAUUGGGAAGUACUCAAGGUCCAAGAUGUACCACAAGCGAGGUCUCUGGGCCAUCAAGGCCAAGAAUGGUGGUGUUUUCCCUCGCCACGACCCCAAGCCCAAGCCUGAAGCUCCUGCUGAGAAACCCCCCAAGUUCUAUCCAGCCGACGAUGUCAAGAAGCCCCUUGUCAAUCGUCGCAAGCACAAACCUACCAAGCUCAGGGCUAGCAUCACUCCGGGUACUGUGCUGAUUAUACUUGCUGGGAGGUUCAAGGGGAAGAGAGUUGUGUUCCUCAAGCAACUUCCUUCUGGAUUGCUUCUGAUCACUGGUCCAUUCAAGAUUAAUGGUGUUCCUCUAAGACGUGUCAACCAAUCCUAUGUGAUUGCAACAUCCACCAAGGUUGAUAUAUCUGGCGUCAAUUUGGAUAAGUUUGAUGACAAGUUCUUUGCAAAGGAAGCUCAGAAGAAGAAGAAGAAGGGAGAAGGCGAAUUUUUUGAGGCAGAGAAAGAGGAGAAAAAGGUCCUUCCACAGGGUAAAAAAGAUGACCAGAAGACUGUGGAUACAGCAUUGUUAAAGUCUAUUGAGGGAGUUCCUGAGCUCAAGGCCUAUUUGGCUGCAAGGUUUUCUCUUAAGGCAGGCAUGAAGCCUCAUGAGCUUAAGUUCUAGGAUUGCUGUCUUUCCUACUAUUGUUCUGAUUUUGUUAAAAAUUACUCUUAGCAGUUGUACUCUUUUUACUUUGUUUGUGAUAGACAGAGAUCUAAUCAGAUCUUAUGUUAGCCCAUGAAUUGUGCGAGGAGUUUUCUUUCCAAUUUUGUUUUUAUUGGGUACAAUUUACCUUGAUAUAUAUAUUUGAUUUCUUCUA